CUAUACUAUCUUGCUGGUCCCUUUAUCUGUGCCCUCAAAAUUCCUUCCAUAUCUCCUAGAAAACUCAAAUGCCCCGAGGUGUAUUCGCCAGCUGCUGUUCCAGUGCCUGUCACUUCGAUGAAUAGGAGUGCCACCGCGGCCCUUGUCGUCGCCGGGUCAGCUUCUUCACGCCCAAGGUCCUCCCUCAAAGACUCAAGAUGAUGCUGGGUAGGAAACAGAGCCUCAAGGGGGAGCCCGUGCUGGCCGAUUAUGGACCGGAAGAGGCUUUUAAUGAGAGCGCUGAUACCGAGUGGGUUAAUAAGAGAUGGGUGAGAAGAUUGAUGAGAACAUGUGCCUUGUUGAGUCUAGCAUCAGUAAGCUGCAACACACCGAAAACUUUCGAGAAAUUCCCAUUCUUGCAACUAACUACUUUCAUAGUAGACAGCAUUGUAACCAUACUUUUUACAGCUGAGAUGAUUGCUAAGAUGCAUAUCCGGGGGAUUUUAAAGGGCGACAGGCCUUAUUUAAAAGACCACUGGUGUCAAUUUGAUGCAAGUAUGGUGUUUUUUCUAUGGGUAUCGGUCAUCUUGCAAGUGUUCGAAAUAUUGAAUGUCGUUCCUCAGUUUAGCUAUCUUUCUAUACUUCGAGCUCCUCGACCAUUGAUAAUGAUCAGGUUCCUCAGGGUUUUCCUGAAAUUCUCUAUGCCGAAAUCAAGAAUCAAUCAAAUAUUCAAGCGAUCGAGUCAGCAAAUAUACAAUGUGACCCUUUUCUUUUUAUUCUUCAUGUCAUUGUACGGACUACUAGGAGUUCAAUUUUUCGGGGAAUUGAAGAACCACUGUGUUACAGUUAACACAUCGUCUCCCAAAGCUGUUACUAUAAAUAAUCUAGCAAUCCCAGAUACGUACUGUUCUUUGGAUCCGUCUUCUGGUUACCAAUGCCCGGAAGGGAUGAAAUGUAUGAAGCUGGAGGGAGUAUCUAGAUAUAUCAUUGGAUUCAACGGGUUUGAUGAAUUUGUAACCAGUUUCUUCACGGUAUAUCAAGCAGCAUCCCAGGAAGGAUGGGUUUUUAUCAUGUACCGAGCCAUCGAUUCUUUACCAGGCUGGAGAGCAGUGUUGUAUUUCAGCACGAUGAUAUUUUUUCUCGCCUGGUUAGUGAAGAACGUUUUCAUAGCUGUCAUCACUGAAACGUUCAAUGAGAUUAGGGUUCAAUUCCAACAAAUGUGGGGUGUGCGUGGACAUAUACAGAACAGCUCAGCAUCACAGAUCUUAGUUGGUGAUGGCAAAGGCUGGAAGCUCGUAACAGUCGACGACAACAAGCAUGGCGGACUGGCACCCGAAUUCUGUCACAAAAUUCUGCGUUCUCCACACUUUCGACUGCUUGUCAUGUGCGUGAUUCUGGCAAAUGCAAUAGUCACGGCAACCAUGCGAUUUCGCCAUGAUAAUAGACCUAGACACGUAUUUUACGAAAGGUACUAUUACAUAGAGCUAGGUUUCACGGCAUUGUUGAAUCUGGAGACCAUUUUCAAAAUAUGGUGUCUGGGAUGGAGAGGAUACUGGAAACACUCGAUACACAAGUUUGAGCUACUUUUGGCAGUAGGAACCACUAUACAUAUCAUACCUGGAUUCUACAUGACUGGAUUCACCUAUUUUCAGGUUCUAAGAGUGGUCAGACUGAUAAAAGCUUCUCCACUGUUAGAAGACUUUGUUUACAAGAUCUUCGGCCCAGGCAAGAAAUUGGGCAGCCUGAUCAUCUUCACCAUGUGCUUGCUGAUCAUUUCGUCAAGCAUCUCCAUGCAGCUGUUCUGCUUCCUGGACUUCACCAAGUUCGAGACGUUCGCCGAGGCAUUCAUGUCCAUGUUCCAGAUUUUGACGCAGGAGGCAUGGGUUGAGGUCAUGGAUGAAACGAUGCUCAGAACCAGAUCGAUGCUCGCACCACUUGUUGCUGUUUAUUUUAUCUUGUACCAUCUGUUCGUCACUUUGAUCGUGUUGAGCUUAUUCGUAGCUGUCAUCCUGGAUAACUUGGAAUUGGACGAAGACAUAAAGAAACUGAAGCAGCUGAAGUAUCGAGAACAAAGUGCUGAGAUUAAAGAAACGCUACCGUUUCGUUUAAGAAUAUUCGAGAAGUUUCCUGACAGCCCUUUAAUGGUCAGCUUACACAAAGUUCCAUCUGAUUUUACUCUACCAAAGGUUAGAGAAAGCUUCAUGAGACAGUUUGUGUAUGAAAAUGAAGAAGAGGAUACUGCCGAAAUCAGCAUAAAGAAAGCUAACGAAGACGUAUUUGAUACCAAAGUUAUAUACAGGAAGCAGAAACCUCUGAAGGUGUUGAACGAACUGCCUAAAGUUAGGGUUGCGACUACGAAAUUGAAGAAAACGGCUGUUUCUCAAAUAAUCAAUGACUCCAACAAUCAAAGACUGCUGCUGGGCGACUCGUCCAUGAUCCCAGUACCUGGAAGCAAAGGACCCUUGAAACCGCAAGGCACCGUCAACAGUAUGAAACAGUUACGUAUUGAGCAUACGAAGUUUGGAUCUAGGUCAAUAAGAAGAAGUGUACGAAGUGGAUCCAUCAAAUUAAAGCAAACUUAUGAACAUCUGAUGGAAAAUGGAGACAUAGGUGUGAACAGAGUAACUUCUAACAGAGCCCGGCCUCAUGAUUUGGAUAUUAAGCUUCUGCAAGCCAAGAGACAACAGGCCGAAAUGAGAAGAAACCAACGCGAGGAGGAUCUGCGAGAGAAUCACCCAUUUUUUGACACGCCUCUGUUUGCUGUCCCAAGAGAAAGCAGAUUUCGCAAACUGUGUCAAAUGAUAGUUUACGCUCGGUAUGAUGCAAGGCUUAAAGAUCCGCUGACUGGGAAGGAACGUAAAGUCAAGUACAAAACCCUACACAAUUUCCUUGGCUUAGUGACGUAUCUUGACUGGGUAAUGAUAACGAUGACAACACUAUCAUGUCUCUCGAUGAUGUUCGAAACACCUUACUAUCGGGUCAUGGAAAACGUUAGCCUGCAAAUCGCCGAAUACGGAUUUGUUAUCUUCAUGAGCAUCGAGUUAGCUUUGAAAAUUUUGGCUGAUGGACUUUUCUUCACCCCGAAAGCUUACGUCAAAGACGUUGCUGCUGUGCUUGAUGUUUUUAUAUACCUCGUCAGCUUAACAUUUCUUUGUUGGAUGCCUAAAAGCGUCCCACCGAAUUCCGGAGCACAACUUUUGAUGAUUUUGAGAUGUUUGAGACCGCUGAGAAUUUUUACGCUGGUACCGCAUAUGAGCAAAGUUGUAUAUGAACUGUGCAGAGGAUUUAAGGAAAUCCUUUUGGUAUCUACACUUCUGAUACUACUGAUGUUUAUUUUUGCCAGUUACGGUGUACAACUGUAUGGAGGUAGACUUGCCAGAUGUAAUGAUCCUAAUAUUACAAGGCGAGAAGACUGCACGGGAAUUUUUCUGAGGCGAGUAUUUGUCACAAAAAUGAAAGUACAACCAGGAGAGAACGAGACUUACCCAGCUAUGCUAGUACCGAGAGUAUGGGCGAACCCAAGAAGAUUCAAUUUCGAUAAUAUCGGCGAUGCAAUGUUGACCCUUUUCGAAGUUUUGUCUUUCAAGGGAUGGCUGGAUGUAAGAGAUGUUCUUAUAAAAAACCUAGGGCUUGUCCAUGCAGUUUACAUACAUGUAUAUAUUUUUCUUGGCUGUAUGAUAGGUCUCACACUAUUUGUUGGUGUCGUCAUUGCCAACUAUUCCGAGAACAAGGGUACUGCUUUGCUGACUGUGGAUCAAAGAAGAUGGUGUGAUCUCAAAAAGAGAUUGAAAAUAGCUCAACCGUUACAUUUGCCUCCUAGACCAGAUGGCAAAAAAUUUAGAGCUUUCAUUUAUGAUAUAACUCAAAAUAUCAAGUUCAAAAGAUUUAUUGCUGUCAUGGUAUUGAUCAAUAGUGCACUUCUGGGUGUAGGGUGGAAUAAAGAUGAACCUUACACAGAAAUCCUAGCGACGGUUGACAUUAUCUGUACCUGUUUAUUUGUGGUGGAAGUCGUGAUGAAGAAUAUAGCCUUUACUCCCAGAGGCUACCUACAAUCUAGAAGAAACAGAUACGAUCUUUUUGUAACUGUGAUGGGCGUCAUUUGGAUGUUCUUCCAUAUCAUGUUUAAGAAUGAUCUAACCUACUUCAUAGGAUUCAUGGUGGUUAUUCUGAGAUUCUUCACAAUAACAGGAAAACACGCAACAUUGAAGAUGUUAAUGUUGACUGUUGGAGUGUCAGUAUGCAAAAGCUUCUUCAUCAUUUUUGGCAUGUUCUUGUUAGUAUUCUUCUACGCUCUCGCUGGUACCAUAAUAUUUGGCACUGUCAAAUAUGGAGAAGGGAUUGGAAGACGCGCUAACUUCGAGUCUCCAGUGACAGGCGUAGCUAUGCUUUUCCGUAUCGUAACGGGUGAGGAUUGGAACAAAAUAAUGCACGAUUGCAUGAUUCAACCACCGUAUUGCACGCCAGCUGCAAACUAUUGGCAAACAGAUUGUGGAAACUUCACAGGUUCCCUAAUUUAUUUCUGCACUUUUUAUGUAAUCAUCACUUACAUUGUACUGAACCUGUUGGUGGCUAUUAUCAUGGAGAAUUUCUCGUUAUUCUAUUCAAACGAAGAAGAUGCCUUACUUUCCUAUGCAGAUAUUCGGAAUUUUCAAAAUACUUGGAAUGUUGUCGAUAUACAUCAGAGGGGAGUUAUUCCUGUCAGAAGGGUCAAGUUCAUCUUGAGACUGUUAAAGGGUAGAUUAGAGGUAGAUCCUCAAAAAGACAGACUCCUGUUCAAACAUAUGUGUUACGAGCUUGAAAGACUCCACAAUGGUGAAGAUGUUACCUUCCACGAUGUCUUGAACAUGCUGUCAUACAGAUCUGUAGACAUUCGUAAGGCUUUGCAGUUGGAAGAGCUGUUAGCGAGGGAGGAAUUUGAGUAUAUUAUUGAAGAAGAGGUGGCCAAGCAAACGAUCAGAACAUGGCUGGAGGGUUGCUUAAAGAAAAUCAGAUCUACCAGUAAGCAGCAAAACAGCCUGAUAGCUGGACUUCGAGCGACGAAUGAAGCACUAAUAAUAACUCCAAAAGAAGAAGAAAAGGAGACAAUAAAGAAUGUCACAAUAGAUACUGGAAAUGAGAAAGUUGAUAAGGAUAAUGAGCCCAAAAAGCCAAAGGCACCUCUGCCAAGAUCCGAAAGCACUGGUAGUUCUGCUGGUCGGAAAUAUUUAACCUCAACCCUAUCCGAUCCAUCAACCGUCAAACCCGAGAAAGAACGUCCGCCAGCAGCAUGUGCAACCACAGCACCAAUGAAAAAGAAAAACACCAAUCGGCCCGCUGCCAUGACAUUAAUCAACGUGGCUGUGAACAAACCGGCCAAUCACAACGAGAACUCAGCGCCGUUGGGCGGUGUUGCUGCGGAGAAGUCUCCGCCAGCGAUGGGUAUGGGCGGUGCUUAUAGUGCCAAGCAGGCCACUCCCAAGGCGACGAUGCAUGAAAUUAGGGACUGGUGGAACGAGCAGUUGGCUAAUGCGUCGUCUAGUGACGAAGAGUGAGGGAUAUGAACUAGGAAUGGCAAUAGCUGGUGUCCUUUGAGAUAAGAUAUAUCGAUCGAUCAGCUGCCGCAAAGAAAAAUAUCGAUGACAGCUAGACACAAUACCUACAGGAUUUCCUACUACAGUAAACUUCGCUGCAACUAAGUGGCCUCCCUCAAGAAGUAGUUGUUGCGCUUAACAAAGAACGAUCUAACUACGUCAGUAACAAAAUGUCAUUGUCAACAACUGAUAAGGAGGAUUCGUCGUUCGAUUAUACAACUGUAAAAAUUUAGGAUUGUCAAUUCCAUAGACGUCCUUCGGAAUUUCAUGUACUGAACAUCUUUAUAUAUUUGGAAAUUGAGAAAGAAGUCGACGUAUUAGAUAGAUAUUGUUACACUUAGUAUACGUUUCUGUAUACAUAUGUAUAUGUAAAUGUGUUUUUCAUGUUUAGAUAUUAUUGUUCGGAGAUAACCGUCCACGUUGUAAGAUCAAUCACAAAUACGACAUAAGUACACGUUAAAGAACGCCAUUUUUAACGUUUAAGUCAAUGGUCCCGUUCAUCACAACGUAAUACUACUGUAGCGAUAUUAUUUUCUGCUAAACGCACAUGAUUACUUUGAGCGCUACCCGAGCUGUCCCCAUUUUCUCCAUCAUGGCCAAAAUAUGCUCCGUUCUUGAUCAAGUGGUAUAUUAAAUACGUUUUGUUUGGUUCAUUGUUUCCUUCGUCUGGGUUCGAAACAGUGUAGAUGUCUUGUUAAAAUAAAGCUGAUAUACAAAAGUUUGAGAGAAAACUUCAAAAUUGGUGAACAAAAAGGGAAAAUGGAGGGAAAGACCGAAACUAUUACAUACGAGUAUAAAACGUCUAUUCAGUCAAUGAAUCACCAUACAUUUACUUCAUGCUGCAAAAUGGUAAAAUUACAUUUAGGUAUCUAGCUGUAACUUAAGUACUAUGUUAUUUUAGAUCCGAAAGUUGAUAACUGACGAGCAGUGACAUGUAUCAAAAUAUCUUUCGGCUUCUGAAAAGCGCCGAAAGUAGCGCCACGCUGUGAUGAACGAGACCAGUGAUUUAUUAUUUACCAUAAAUGAGGUGCAAAUGACGAACGUGGUUAAUUUUUAGGGCCGUAUCGUCAAUUGUUCCUACAAUUGUAGGACGCCUUUAUGACCUUCUUGAUUUCCAUAGUCUUUUCUCUCCUUGGGAAAGGCUGGGGAAUUUCUAUAUUUCUACUGGUCCGUGUCAGCGUCAGCGCUCUCAUAUUGUGAGGCUACGUUUUCUUUUUGAAUUGUAGAAAAUUUCAGGCUGAUAUAACAGAUGAUAUAAAUCAAAAGCAAUUUGAUGCAAAAAGAUGUUUGUCACAUAACCUCAAAAUAGAGCGUUGACACGGAACAGUACAAAACUAUGAAAAUCAAGGAGGCCACAAAAGCGUCCUUCAGUAAUUGUAGGAAGGACUGACGAUAUGACCCUCAGGUACGUUUACGUAUGGGUUGCUUGUGAUUACCAGUGGUCUCUAAUACCACACACUUAAAUGUUAGCGUUAACCUUAAAUGACGUUUUAGUCAUGAUUUAGGUAGGUGUCAAAUGGGUUUAACGUUGACGUUUCUAUAAAACGCUGUAGAAAGACAAUGUUUUGGUGCAAUUAAAGGUAUAAGCAUUGAUCCUACCUGACGAUUGCUAAUACUGAAUUUGCGCUUCUGAAAAAUAAUCC